AUUCUGCGAAAGAAAUUCGCUACUUGAAGUUGUUGGAGAGAGCUUCAACUCAAGGGUUGAGUGAACACAACUGCCAUGGAGGACGAAUGGGAGGAGGAGGAGCAGCUAGUUGUGGUAGAACUGUCUGGAAUGAUCGGCUCUGAUUUACUGUCCAGUCGGCAGAGCACAUGUAAGAUAGUGGACAUCGACAGCGAGCAGCCCAUGAUGCAGGUGGGCCGGUAUCUGUUCGCUGGAGAAUACGAGGACGCCAUCGGAACAUGUGUGUUAUUCGAAGAGAAUGGUGCAGACUCUAAACCAGCCCUUAAAUACAAAUGUCACACAAUGAAGAAGCUGAUGCUGCAGCGGACGUUUCUCUCCGAGAGGAAGGAGGACGAGCCCGUCUCUAACCGCAUAGAGGUGCUGGCUCUCCACGAUGAGGAGUUCGGACGCAAGAGCGCAGUUUGUCACUACCUGGAUCCGAUAGACACAGAGAAAUCGGCGCUUGACGAAUCUAAAGAUUGCAAUGACCCAGAGAUGAGCGAGGCAUCAGCGGAUGAACUGGAGGAGACUCUUCUGGAGAACUCCACCGAGGAGCCGAUGAACGCCAGCACUUCUUCUGUACUGGCGGCUGUAGAAGAAAAGGACGAUGGCUCUUGAGAGACCGCUUGAUUUCUGACAAUGUACAUUCUGCGUCAUGUACAUAUUCUGGUUAAUAAAAGUUUUGUAUUUUGUAGUGUGGAUGU